AUGACCGACUGGGACCUCCUCUCUUCUUACGCCGGUCUCCUCACUCUCGCUACAUGCUCUAUAUGUGCAGGCUCCUAUGGCUCGUUGACCGCGCGGAAGUCGAAGCCCGGACAGCCAGUGGCAGAUAAAUCCACGGACGAUGAGGAGGAAGAGGAAAUCCCAGAAAGGCUGUCCUCCGCAGAUGUCUAUCUCUUCCCAAUUCUGGGGUCCGCAGUACUAUUCGGGCUAUACCUCGUCGUGAAGUUUUAUGGAGAAGAAUGGAUCAACUGGUUGCUGCAGUGGUAUUUUACUGUAACUGGUGUUGGGAGUGUCAGCAAGUCUUUGGUCUCGUUGGCCAAGUUCACCUUAGGCGCGCAACGCUGGAAAAAGUUUGAUAAGCUCCAAAUACUCUUCCUGAAGGGACCCAAAGAGGUUAUAUCCAUUUCCAUGAGGACUCCCUCAUGGUAUAUCGCCCCGCUUGGCGCCAUACCUUCCAUUCUGUAUACCUUCGGACCAAGUACUACCCGUAAAUCUGCUCUGCUCACUGACGUUCUCGCUCUUUCAUUCUCGCACAACGCAAUAUCAUUAUUGAAACUCGAUUCGUUCAAAGCUGGUUGUGCGUUGCUAUCUGGUCUCUUCCUCUACGACGUGUGGUGGGUUUUCGGAACAGAAGUGAUGGUGAAAGUCGCAACAUCGCUCGACAUUCCUAUCAAAGUGCUGUGGCCCAAGUCCCUAUCCUUCGCCACAACCAGGGGUUUCACAAUGCUAGGCUUGGGUGACAUCGUCAUACCAGGGCUGUUUGUCGCGUUGGCUCUCCGCUACGAUCAUCAUCGCCAUUCAGAGGCAUCUCCGCGAAGUCGCCUCAAGACGCCCUACUUCAAUUCAGCUUUGUUCGCUUACGUUGCAGGCUUGUUCACCACGAUGUUCGUGAUGCAUUAUUUCAGGGUGGCUCAACCAGCCCUUCUGUACCUCAGCCCUGCUGGCAUAAUCUCGUUUUUUGUGACUGCUGCCGUUGAAGGUGACCUCAAGCAAGCAUGGGCCUGGAGCGAUGAGCCCGAAGACAAUUCAGCCAGUGACGCUCCCAAGGCUGCACCGAAUGGGAAUGCUGUGACAUCGACUACCCCGGUGAUUAAUGUUGCACCUAUUGGGCCAGCAACGGUGGAUGUACCCGAAGACGUCGAGGAUGAGGAGGUCGAAGGAAAGGAGAAAAAGAAGGCGAAGAGGAGAAAGAAUUGA